AUGGCCACCAACAAUGCGCCGGUCGCUAGAACAGGAAGAGCGAGACGUACGCUGGGCAUCUGCCUCUUGCUUAUGGUCGUUGUGCUGUGGACAGCCUCGAACUUUCUCGGAAGUACUAUCUUUGCCGAUGGCACAUAUUCAAAGCCCUACUUCGUCACAUACAUGAACACUUCCUUGUUCACCCUGCCUCUUUUCGCGAUUCUACUUACGCGGACGUGGAAUCUGCGGCAGGCCAAUAAAUUGCAGCAUAUACAUUCGUUCUCGAGUUUGCUACGCCAUUUGGAUUCCGAUGACCCGAAGGCAGAGGAACAGCGAAGUUUGCGUCGUGGCUCUUUUGACGAGGACGAGCAUGUUACGGAAGGCUACAAUAUUGGAAAUGAAGCGCAGUCAGCCCCAGAAGGACGGUUAGGCUUGAGGGAGACUGCGAAGCUGAGCUUCCAGUUCUGUCUUCUUUGGUUCUCGGCCAACUACUUUGCUAUGGCAUGCCUACAGUAUACUACUGUGGGAAGCACGACAAUCUUAACUUCAACGAGCGGUGUCUGGACUCUGCUCUUUGGCGCGCUCAUGAAGAUCGAGAAAUUCACUUUCCGCAAGUUUCUCGGCGUGCUUGCCUCUUUGAUCGGUGUCAUCUUGAUCUCGCGCGUCGAUCUCACAAAGCCUGAAUCAGAUGCUUCUGCUGCCGGAGAAGGAAACUUCCCACAUAAGACCUCUGGGGAAAUCGCCCUGGGCGACGCUAUGGCAGCCUUCAGUUCCCUUUUGUACGGCCUGUACACAGUAGUGAUGAAGAAGCAGGCAGGGGACGAGUCGAGGGUGAAUAUGGCCCUUUUCUUCGGACUGGUAGGUAUGUUUAACGUGGUGCUGAUGUGGCCUGGAUUUAUCAUCCUGCAUUUCACGGGUGUGGAACCCUUUGGAUUUCCCGAGACGAAACGCGUAUGGACAAUUGUCCUGUGUAACGCCGCCUCCUCCCUCUUCUCUGAUGUCUGCUGGGCUUAUGCCAUGCUGCUCACCACACCUUUGGUCGUUACUGUUGGCCUAAGCUUGACCAUCCCUCUGUCCCUCGUUCUGCAGAUUUUCCUGCAAGGACAGUACGCAAGCGCGGUGUAUUGGCUUGGGGCUGCGAUUGUGUUCUUAUCAUUCUUGGUCAUUAACCACGAAAGCAAGACUGCAGCGGAUGAUGCUCCCGGUGAGAUGCGCAGGCCGACAUCUGCCGAGUAUGAAAGCAUCCCUCGAGAGGAUGACCCGCAUCAAGCGUGA